GAAUUCACUAGCUUUCUUAUCUUGGAGUGAAAUUCAUUAGAUAAUCCUGCAUAGACCAAAGCAUAAUAUGUCAAUUUACUAGAAAACAAAUGCUAUUGUGCGCAGUUGUGCUUGUGGUAAUGAUGAAGGGAAUUCAUUUUAAUUGACAUUCCUGCUCCCUCGCUUUCAUUCCGAGUAUUCCUGGUGGAUCCCAUUUUCCUUACCAUUUUAUAAACCAAACUUUGUACCUCUUUAUUCUUGUUUUCUUCAUCUUACUCCUACUAUAUUCAAAACUCAGUCUCAGUAAACAAGCUUCAAGAGAGGACUGUCCCCAGUGACAGAGAAGAGAGUUCUAUUUCUUGAUGGGCAAUCACAAGUUUAGAUUGUCAGAUAUGAUGCCAAAUGCCUGGUUUUACAAGCUCAAAGACAUGAGCAGAAAAACCAGGAAGCAUAACUCCUCUCAUCCCAGUGAAAGAAAACCACCACCCUCCACGACCACCACAGAAUCACAUGAACCGCAGUUCUCACAUCCAAGGUGCUCUUAUUACUCGACAGAAUCCACCAUUGCCGAUAAGUUCUCCAUUUCAUCUAAGCACUCAAAAGCCUCAGAAACUCAUUUCCCUGAUCCACCAAGAAGAUCAUCUAAGAGAAGAACCAACAGAAAAACAAUUUACAAGCCUUCUCCUAGACUUGUCACCUCCUCUGUCUCUGCUGGCUGUAGUUGUCCUGCCACGCUCGAUUCAAUUUGGACUGAGCACAGUCCAUUUCAGUCUCCAACUUACUCAGUCUCCCCUAAUGACAGCCCCACUAUCUCUACCAUCCAUGAAUCUCUUCUUCUAUCUGAUUCAGAGUCUGAAGAAUGGGCUGCUCCUGAUUCAUUUGAGCUACGGUCGUGUUCAAGCUCUUGUAAUUGUGGAGUUUGUUCUUCAUCUACUGAUAUUAUCAUUGAUAUGAACAACGAAUCCUUUACGAGGGAAGUGAAGAAUAUAGAUGGGUUUCAUUCGAUUUCAAAUCUCGACCUUCCUCCAAUUUUGACAAGGCCAAUGAAAUCUGAUCAUAGGACCAUUGAAGCAACCAAGUUUAGAGGCUCAUCUAAACUGGAGGAGAUGGAAACACGCCAGUUGCUAUCUGUCAAAACUGUCAAGAGGGAAAGAAUUAGGACUCAAAAGGAGCAUAAAUCCAAUCCUCUUGUUCGAAGGUCCGCUGCUAAUUCUGCAGGUAUAAGACUUAGAGCCAAUUCUCCAAGACUUGCAAGCAGGAAGAUUCGAGCUCAUGCCAGAAAGAGCGUGUCCUCAAGGAAUAGAAGCCUAUCAGGGAGCUUUGCCAUUGUCAAGUCCUCAGUGGAUCCACAGACAGACUUUAGAGAUUCAAUGGUGGAGAUGAUUGUCGAAAACAAUAUCCGGGCAUCAAAGGAUUUGGAAGACCUACUUGCUUGUUACCUGUCACUCAAUUCUAACGAGUACCACGGUCUCAUUGUGAAGGCGUUUGAACAAAUCUGGCUUGACAUGGCUGGCCUCCGUUUGUAAAGAUAUAAGAUUAUAAAAUGCAAAUUAUGUUGGCAGAA